UUCCUCAGAUCCAACGUUCGAAACAUAGACAGGUGGUCAAGCGCAUAUUAGCACUCCCCACCAAUAGCCGUUGAAAAAGCGGCCAUGAAAAUAUCUUUCUUUUUCAAGUGGUGCUGCGGUGUAGUGUUUGCAUAUUCAGAAUUUUCAACCACUAGAGAGAGAAACGACACCAUGAGAAGACUUCAUUAUCCACUCUAAUCCGUAUUCUUCUCUGUGUGUGUGUAUAUAUACAUAUACAUAUACAUAUACAUAUAUAUCGAUAUAGAUACAUACAGUCCGAACGGGUCUGUCUAGCGUGCGCUGGAUCCGGGUCGGGUCAAUUGUGGACUUUCCACUGUUCCGCCGAACUUCCAUCUCAUAAAUCCUCUGUUUUUUUUGGGGAUUUUUCUGAAUAAAAAGUGAAGCUUUGAAAAAAAUAGCUGGAUUUUUGUGGCUGAUCUGUAAAAUGGGACUUCUCUUCGGACUUUUGCAGUUCCGGAAGACGAAUUCAGUAUCGAUUAGGUCAGAUGAGGUGUUUUUUAUUCCUCUGCAGGCUGUGAAUUUUAUGGAGUUUCUCUAGCAUCGAUUUUUUUCGAUUAUUUUUUUGGUGGAUUUAAUAGUUUUGUAGCUAGGGUUUAAUCGUUGGGGAGGGUGAUGGAGAAGAACGGUGAUGGAUUCAUUGAUAGGAGUAAAGUUAGGAUUCUGCUUUGCGAUAACGAUGACUCGAGUUCUCAAGAGGUUUUUACACUUCUGUGUAAAUGUUCUUAUCAAGUGACUUCUGUAAAAUCACCGAGGCAGGUGAUUGAUGCACUGAACGCUGAGGGGCCUGAUAUAGAUAUCAUUCUUUCUGAAGUCGACUUACCUAUGUCUAAAGGAUUGAAAAUGUUGAAAUAUAUUAUGAGGGACAAGGAGUGGCGGCGCAUUCCUGUGAUCAUGAUGUCAGCUCAAGAUGAGGUUGCUGUUGUUGUCAAGUGUCUGAAAUUUGGAGCAGCUGAUUAUCUGGUGAAGCCGUUACGUACAAAUGAGCUCUUAAACCUGUGGACACAUAUGUGGAGAAGGAGGCGAAUGCUUGGAUUAGAAGAGAAGAACCUCGUGAGUUAUGAUUUUGAUUUGGCUGUCUCGGACCCAAGUGGUGCAAAUACCAACAGCACUACUUUAUUUUCUGAUGACACGGAUGACAAGUCUAGAAAGAGUACUAAUUCAGAAACAUGUGUUUCAACUCGGCAAGAGACUCAGAUGAAUGCUACUGCUGCUCCUAUCGAGACUGUGAGUGCAGCUACUUUGGAUUGUCAGCCCAAUGUCCCAAGACUAAAUAAUGAUAUACAGAGAGGACAAAUGUCACCAUUUCCGAAAAACAAGGAACUGAAGAUAGGCGAGUCUUCGGCAUUUUUAUCGUACGUCAAAUCAAAUUUUGACACCCCCAAAAUCACCCGCCACGUAGAGAAGAAUCUCUCCAUGGAAAACCAUUCACAAGCCGAUGAAAUUUCCCAAAAACAGAUGAACCACACAAACGGGGAGUUCUCUCGGGCCCCACAUUUACAUUUAACAAACAAUUUUUACCCCAACGAUUUAUCCGGUUACUACAAUCACACUACCUAUCCUUAUUACAUUCCUAACCAUGCUACUACUCCCGCUAUAAUCCCUCAUCAAUACAAUCACAUCCCAUAUUAUCCACCACCUUUUCAUAAUAAUAAUAAUAAUAAUAAUAAUAAUCCUUACUACCCGUUUGGUGGUAUAUGCCUACAACCAGGCCAAGCGCCGACCACUUCGUUUGAAAAAUCGUCCAACGAGGGUAAAGAUGAUCGAAGGUUGGCAGCUUUGAUGAAGUUCAGGCAAAAACGGAAGGAGAGAUGUUUUGACAAGAAAAUUAGAUAUGUUAAUAGGAAGAAACUUGCGGAACGUAGGCCCCGCAAUAGGGGCCAGUUUGUCAGGAAGGUGAACGGGGUUAAUGUUGAUCUUAACGGUGAGCCUGCUUCUGCGGAAGAUGAUGACGAGGAAGACGAAGAUUAUGAAGAGGAGGAUCCUUCGAGUAUGGAUGAUGCUUCGGUUUUAUUACGAAAAUGAACUCGUGAUUAUGUGCAAAAGGUAUCUUUCGAUUAUUCUUCUUAUGUUUCGGAAAGAUUCUGUCCUUGUUGCAUGAUUUGUUGUAAUUUCUUGAAUUCUAAACUUUGACAUAUUGGAAAAUGACUUUUGUAUGUGAAAUUUUAUUUGCACACUGAAAGCUGAAAGCUUGCACCUUACUUGUUGUGUAAUACAAUCAAUUAUAUUGUAGGUUGAUGUAUCUCAAAAUAUUUGUAAUUUAUCUGACUGUUCGAAUUUUUUAUUUAU